GUUUAUUCUGGCAGGGUAGAGUGCAGCCUCACUCCUGUGAAGUACGAACUAGUGUGGAUGGAGCACGACAUCUCUCUCCAUCCCUCCCUCGCAUGCCAAGUCAGACUGACUUUAUCUCUGUUCACCAGCUCUGACUUUAUUUUGUCCUCUGCAUCUGGAGUGACUGACUGAGAGGAAAAAGGAAGAAGCAGGUUCUUCAGCCUCGGAGGAAGAGAACAAGGCUUCCCAAAACAGUGCGUCACCAGAAACCAGUACUGACAGCCUGGACAAGACCCCCAGAAGACAGCCAACAUGUGUGACUGUUUUCACCUGGCAUUUCCCAACUGGCAUGCGUCAGCCGCGGGAGAAGGGCGAAGGUUGAAGGAACCAGAACAAGACACAGAUGAUGAUUUAGUAUGUGAGGAGCCUGAAGUUUUAGAGGGGGAAAGACCUCGUCCUCAGGGUUCCUCUCCUGUCGAGGAAUUCCCCACCACAGAGAAAUACGCAAAACGGGUUGAAGGUGAUUUCUAUGACUCACCCACCAAAAGUUCCAAAAAAAGCAAAAGGAUUGGUUUCGGCUCUCUGUUUGACAAGCGUUCCUCUGCCAAGAUGAAUCAAACAGAGGAUAUGCAAAGUGAUCAGUCAGAAAUAAUAGUGAAAACUGUAAAAGAAGUCUGUGCUGAGGGUUUGGUUGUAAGUGGAGGAAAGGAUGGCAUCUUCAUCAAGGAAGUAAAACCAGAGUCACCUGCCUCAAAGCAUUUAAGUGUGAAAGAAGGUGAUCAAAUACUUAGUGCUACAGUAUACUUUGAUAAUGUGUCAUAUGAAGACGCCCUCCAGAUUCUUGAGCAUGCUCAACCAUAUAAAGUGGCAUUCUGUCUAAAACGCAAACCACCUCCAAGAACCCAGGAAGAUGCUGAGACAGAGAGGCCAGAUAUAACCAUUGGUGAGGAGGCUGAGCAAGUAGAGGAAGGUAGCGGACCAGAGAUGAGAGGUCGAAGAAAGACAAAAAAGCAACAUGAUCGCAUCUCUUGGCCCAAAUUCCCUACCUUUAGCAUAGGUCGCAGGGCGAAUUUUAAAAGAUCUCACAGCACGUCAGAAGCAGAGGAACAGAGAAAAUUAGAGAUAAGUCCGCCAACAAGUGACACAGAGUCUCCUUUUAAGUCUCCAUUAAAAUCCCCAGAUGGAAAAGACAAGAAAAAGAAGCAUAAAGUGAAACCUAAGAAGCAUAUGGCAGGCCGCAGGAGCAAAUCUGUUGAAGAAACCCAAGAAAACGAAGAGGCGCUUGUAACAGACAAUAUGAAGGUCUUGGACAACCAAAUUAUUAUGAAUAUAGUCGAAGAGCAAGUGCCAAUGACUAAUGUGAUAGAGAGUCCUAAAAUAUUGAAUGAAGCUGAAAAUAUUGACUCAACUAAAACAGGAAAUGAAUAUACAUUCCCCACUUUGCCAGCGACUGAAUCACUGCAUAAGGUUGAGCUCAUCAGUGUGGACACCACAUUAAAGACUACUGAUAUUACAGUCGCUCUUGGAGAUGAUGGCAAAGAAAGGAGAGAGAAAUCAGAACUGAGGGUUAGCAUUCCAGGAAAGGAUAAAUAUGAAAUAGAAACAGAGAGCCAAUUAAAAUCCUCCACAAGUGGAAUGAGAACUUUGGAUCCAUCAACAUUCGACAAUAUUUUGGACAGUCCUAAUGUAAUAUCACAAACGGAACCGGUUAGACAUCAAGUGGAUUCCGAUAGCAAACCAAUAAAUAAAGAGAUAUUAGAAAAGACCCAAGAGUCAGGAAAAACAGACAUGACCAUAGCUAAAGUUGAUGUUUCUCUUGACAUGCCAGAGGUAGGACCAAUAAGCAAAUCACCAAGAAUUGGCAGCGACAAGGAAAAGAAAGACAGAAACAUUCUAGAAACAGAAAGUUAUGGGAUUCGAACCAGAGGACCAUUGGCAGACAUAGCCACAUCAAAGAGUCAUUUUUCAAAUGCAGUAAACAAACUAGAUUUUACAUCAGACACUUUCACUUGUGAGAUUCAAACAAGAGAGGAUAUGUCCUCAACAGACACAAAGAAACCAAUCACUCCAACUCCUGUUAUAUCCCAGCCAAAAUCACAUGCUCUGGAUGUGGACAGAAGCAGGAAGAGUACUGGAGGUAGCAUGGACAUUGAAUCAAAUUUUAAACUGCCUAAAGUGGAUGUCUCUGAAUUCGACCACCAAGAAUCAAUAACUGUAAGACAGAAAGACCCAACCAAAGUGCCUCUCCUGAAACGAGAGGAAAUUGAGAUUUCUGGCAUGGAGGACAUAGGAUCAAAAGCCAAGGUUAAGCCUCCUAGAAUUAAAGAACAAAAAGUUGAGAAGAUAAUAAAAAUAUCAAAAGCAGGAAAAAAGCAAGCUCAGGCGGAAGCAGAAGAGUUUAAUUUUAAGGAUGUAAAGGAUGCAGUAUCAAAAUUUCCUGCCUUCAAAUUACCUGAGAGAGACAUCACUGGAGUCCUUGUACAGAGAGAGAUCACAAUCAUGGAAAUUAAGUCAGACAAGACUGGCAUGACACCUAAAGGAUCCCCUUGUAAAAUUUCGAGCAUGAGCACAGAAAUAAACAUUAAUCUGCCUGACACAAUGGAUAAAGAAAAGCAGAGACUUUCUCCUGUUGCUACAAAAGAUCAAACCUUCGUAUUACCAAAAGUUGAACAAUUGCAUCUUGAUGAAAUGGUUAUAAUCAAGAGCAAAACAGACCUAUCAAAAAUUAAACUUGCUGACCACCAACCCAAAACUGGCAAAAUGUUAGCAAGGGAUGAUAAGAUAAGUACAUCUCCAGAUGUAAAAUUCAAACUUCCAAAGCGUGAAGACAUUGAAAUACCAGGAAUAGAAGCCAUUGAACAAUCAGUUCAACCAACAAAAAGCAUAAUAGCCAAAGAUACAGACACUCAAGACGAGGCUGUGAAAGACUAUACUGAUACAAAUAUCAAAGCUGACAAAAAUGUGCAUGAAAAGAAAUCAAAGAAAUCAAAGGUAUCAAUGCCAAGUUUUGGAAUCAUGACACCUGACAUUCGCUUUCCAGGUAUUGUGAUUGAAUUACCAAUAAAGGCCACAUCACCUAAAAGUGAUAGUGGCACAAUCAAGGAGAGGACAACUGAAGCAAAAAUAUCAGAAGACAAUAUCAAAAAAUCUUCUGAAGAAGCAACAUUUAAAAAAUCUCAAAAAGGUGAAAGCUGUGCACCUGAGCAUGAAACUAAAAAAGCACAUGACAUAGAGAGUGAUCAAAUGCUCCAUCAUGAUGUUUGCACUGCUAUUGUUAAGGAAACCUCAAAACAAGAUGUUGACGGAGAACUGAAGGCUGAAAUCAAAAGCAAAGGCACAGAUUCCUCUCCACAAAAAAAGAAACUGCAUAAAUUAAAAAUGCCCAAAAUUGGAGGAAAAUCUAUGAAAGGAACAGCUGAAGUCACUACAAAAGAGGAUGUUACAGUGCAAGAAAAUGACAUAAUAGAGGUUGUAUUAGAUUCUGAGAAGAGAACAUUUGAGACUGAUCCCAAAGCAUAUAGUGUAGAAACUAAAUUAAAAAUGCCAAGCAUAGAUGUUUCUGUUCCAAAAAUAAAAAUCCCUAAGGCAGAGGGAAAAUCAAAACAGGAGGAAACUGGGCUCUCAAAGCCUGAAGCUGUUGAAGCCAUUGAGGAUGCUCAAGAGGAGAGUGGAUUUAGACUGAUCAAGUUUGGUAUCUCAAUGCCAAAAGAGAAGACAGAAGAAGGUGGCCUGUUACCAGAUGAAUCUGAAAAAUCCAUCAUCAAGGUUAGUGGAAAAACUGAAGUGGAGCCAUCUGAACUUCCACAAGCUGAAAUGAAAGUAGCAGAGUCUAAAAUGAAGAAAAGGAAAAUAUCAUUUCCCAAAUUUGGAUUCUCUAAAUCAGAUACUAAAGUAUCUGAUGCUGACAUAACUCUCCCAGCCGCACAGGGCUCUUUACAUGAUGCUGAUGGGACAGAACUAGAUGUUGAAAGUAAGACCAAAGAUGUAGAGGCUGAGUUCAAGGAUUCAACAGAUUAUCCCACAAAAUUUAAACUUCCCACAAUUAAAUUUCCAAAAUUUGGAGUCUCAUUUCCCAAGACAACUGAUGCUGGGGGCGAUAUUCAAAUGCCUGAUGUCAGCACAGACGAAGCCAAACUACCUGUAGAAGCAACAGCACUUUCUGACAAGAAAGGCGUGGAAAUGACUCUCAGUGUAUCCCAACCUGAAGUUGACUUGUCUCUGCCCGAGGGAAAGGCAGAAAUCAAAGGUUUUCAGAAAAAAGAAAUAAAAUCAUCUGAAGAAAUGUCAUUUUCUAAACCAGAUAUUGAUGCUAGCCUGACUGGCCAUGAUGCUGAAGAAAUUCCAGCUAUUGCGUUUUCAAAACAAGACAUCAAAGCUGCAGGCGUUGAUGUUAGUCUUCCACAGGUUGAUUUAUCAAUUCCAGAAGUUUCUGUGGAAAUAAAAGAGCCUGGUGUGCACUUCACAAUUUCAAAGGAUGAGGCUGAACAUAAAGAUCUAACAAAUGGUGGUACACCAGUAAAGUUUCCCUCUAUCAGCUUACCAAAGUUUGGUGGAAAAUCAUCUAAGGUAGUGAAAGACAUGCCAUUUGUAGAUAUAGAUACUGAAGAACCUCAUGAAAGACUUCCAGAAACACAAAUAAGCAUGCAACUAAAAGAUGAUGCACCAACAGGUGAUAUCAAGGAUUCUUUUGAGACUACAGAAGGUCAAUUUGUUAGUGUAGAUAUGAAGGUUGAAGAAACAAAGCUCAAAGAACAAGAGGUCACCGUUACACUGCCUAAAUUUGGCAUUAGCCUCCCAAAGGUUGAAGCCCACAAGCCAACUGAUAGUGUGGAUAAAGAAGAAUCAACUAUAGACCCCAGAGAAUCAAAUGCAGAUUCUGAUCAGGCUGAGAAAGAUCCAAGAUCUCCAACAAAAAUUAAACGUCCAACAAUUAAAUUCCCAAAAGUUGGUGUCUCAUUUCCAAAAUCAACAGAUGCAGUCUCUGACAAUCAAAUGCCUGAAGUCACCAAAGAUGAACCUGCCAUGGAAAUUAAAGCACUAGAAACCGAGCUGCCUACAGAGUUGCCAUCAUUACCUGAAAUGAAAACCCCACAUAUUAUUCUCAGUGUUUCCAAACCAGAAGUUGAUGUAUCUACCCCAGAGGUGGAAAAGGCUAUUGAUGAACACUCUGAAAAGAAAAAAGAAAAAGUAUUGUCUUCAGAUUAUGCAUUUUCUAAACCAGAGGUUAAGAUGAGCCUUGUAGGCCAUGGUCUUGAUCAAGAGACAGCUAUAGAAGGUUUGAAAAUGCAAGCCAGUAAUCUUGAGGCGGAAGUCAACCUUCCUUCAGGUUCAGUAGAUGAAGUCAUCCUGGAGGCUAAAGAAAAGGAGAGUGAAUUCAAACUUAAAAAACGUAAAAUAUAUUUUCCGAAAUUUGGUUUUUACAAAUCUGACACUAAGAUCCCUGAUGCUGACACCAGUCUUCAAAAAGAAGGAAUAUCUGUGCCUGACACUGUGAUCAAAGAGACUGAAAUGACUUUUCCUGCUCCAGAGGUUGAAGUCCAGUUGAAAAACAAAAGUACUUCUGGUUCUCCAUCUAAAUUCAAGCUUCCAACAAUUUCUCUCCCUAAAUUUGAUAUUUCCAUUUCAAAGACUGGGGAAGAGUCUGUUGCAAAAUCUGAGGAUGAUGCACAGUCAGAAAUAAAGGCAGCAUCAGCAGUUGCAUCACAGGAUAAAGAUACAGGAACACAAGAUAUAGAACCAUCUAAAUCAACUUUAGAAACCCUACCGGUGGAUGCUGAAAUUAAAACUAAAGACACUGAUCCUAGUUGUCAAGGGAGUAGAUUUAUGAUGCCCAAAUUUGAAUUUUCAUUUCAAAAGCUAAAGGGACCAGAAUUUAAAAAGGGUGCAUCAAGAACAGAUGCAGAAAAAUCAGAGGUUCCACUGAAACAUGACAAAGAGAGUGCUGAAGGAAAAGCAGACAUACCUGAAGCAUCUGUGGAAAUGGAGGUAACAUUGAAAAUGCCAAAAAUGCCAAGCUCAGAGCAUGAAUUUUCUGAACAAGACAUUAAAGCUCCAGAGAUUAAUGUUGAGAGGGGCGAUACAUCUAUGGCAGUAGGUGAAGUGGAUGUGAAUCUUGAGUCUGACUUGAAAAUUCAGACAACAGAGAUGUUAAAAGAUGAUUCAACCAUGGGAGGGUCACAGAUCAAAUUCAAACUUCCUACUUUCAAACUACCGAAAUUCAGAAGUUCAUCUUCCAAAGUAAAAGCUGAAAUAAUGGAUUUGAGGGGUGAGGAAAUUACUUUGGAGACUGAAGAUUUAAUCACAUCAGUAGAACCAUCAGACGUCAAAAUUGACUCUAAUGUGCCCGGUCAAGAGUUGAAGAAACCCUCAAUCAGUGCUGAUCAGACAAAGGUAGAUAGUGGAGAUCAAUAUACCCUGUCACUUACAGAGGCCAGAAUAUCAAAGGCAGAAGGCUAUAUUUCUUUACCAGAGGCAAAACUUGGGGAAGUAUCACAAGUCACACUAGAAAGCAAAAUUGAUCAAGAAGUUGGCUUAAAAGACACAGGUAUGAAAAUGAAAAAAACAGGCUUUUCACUUCCUAAAUUUGGAUUUUCUAAAUCAAAUAUCAAGGCCCCAGAGAUUGAUGUCAGUCUUGCACAAGUUGAUACCUCUAAACCAGAAAGUGAUCUGAAAAUAAAAGAACAAAUUUUGAAUAUCACAGUGUCAAAUGUUGAGGAUGAUCAAAAAGAUACAACAGCUCUCGGUGCCACAGCAAAAUUUCAACUCCCCUCAAUCAACAUCCCAAAGAUUGGAGGACAAGCUACGAAGGAAGAGAAAACUAUGCCAGUUGUAGAUAUAGCUGUUAAAGGACCUGAAGUGACUGGUCCAGAUACACAAAUAUCAGGUGAAGCCCCAUCAGUAGAUAUAAAGAGACCUCAUCUAGCCACAGAGGGUCAAUCUGUAAGUGUUGACUUAAAUGUUGAAGAUGCUGAACUUGGAGGACAGGGAGGAAAGUUUAAGAUGCCAAAGUUCGGUAUUGGCCUUCCUAAAGUAAAAGGGUUUGAUUUAAGUACAUCCAAGACAGAUGAUAUAACUGAAGUAAAACAAAUUCAUAUAACAAAGCCAGAGAUAACAACUGAGGGGAUGGUUCAGCCACCAGAACAAGAUUCUAAAUUUCUAGAUGUGCAGAUAAAGCCAUCACCUGAAUUUGGGUUUUCAAAACCAGAAGUAAAAGCCCCUGAAGUUGAUGUAAGUAUUCAAAAAACUGAUAUCCCCAUACCAGAAGGCAGUAUGGACCUAGAAGAAGCAAAUGUGGAUAUUAAAGUGUCAAAGAUGGAGUCUGACCAAAAAGGUUCAACAAUUUUUGGAUCUCCAACAAAGUUUAAACUCCCGUCAAUAAGCCUCCCGAAAUUUGGUGUUAAAUCACAAAAAGUAGCAUUAGACAUUAAUGUGGCAGAUUCAGAGCUAGAGGGAACAAAUAUAAAAACAGACAUUUCUAAACCUGAUGUGAAAUUAGAAGUACAGACACCCAAAAGUGAAGCUAAAGUUGAAGGGAGUGCAGAUAUGCCUGAGGUUGAUUCCAAAGGACUGCAAGUAAAAGUGAAGAAAUCAAGCUUUCCAUUCCCCAAGUUUGGGUUUUCUAAACCAGACACAGCAACUCCGGAAGUUAAUAUCAGUGUACCAAAGGCUGAAGUAUCCAUACCAGAGGUCAAUGUACCUGUUAAAGAACAAACAGCACAAGUCACACUUCCAGGAGGAGAGGCUGAACAGAAAGAUCUAAUGAUUGUUAGUUCCCCAACCAAAUUUAAACUGCCAGAAGUUAACCUGCCAAAAUUUGGAGUCAAAACUUCAAAGGGUACGGUAAGUUUACCAUCAGCAGAUAAGGACAUAAAAGGAAUAGGAAUUACUGUUCAUGAACCAGACAUCAAGUUGUCAGGUCAAAUACAAAAAACUGAAUUAGAUGUAAAAGAAAUAGAGACUGAUAUACAUGCCACAAUAAGAGAAACUGAUGUUCAUCUAGCAGAAGGAAAAGUAAUACUACCCCAACCUGAUGUUGACGUUCAAGACAUAUCCAUUGAAGGCAAAGCAGAUAUGUCUGAAGUUGACUUGAAAGGGCAUGAUGUGAAACUGAAGAAGCCAAGCUUUUCACUGCCAAAAUUUGGGUUUUCAAAGACAGAUAUUAAGGGGCAAGAUGUUGAUACCAUUCAACCAAAGGCAGAUAUGUCUAUGCAAGAGGGCAACAUACCUGUUGAAGACAAAGAUGCAGAAAUCACCAUCACAGAUGAAGUGAAAAAACAAGGAGAUACAACAACUCAGACAAAAUUUAAGCUGCCCUCAAUCAACCUUCCAAAGUUUGGACUCAAAUAUCCAAAAGCUACAGCUGAUAUUCCAGCAGCUGAAGUAGAUAUCAAAGAACCUGAAAUCAGUUUCCCAGAAAAAGGAGAGGUACAAACCACUGACACUGAAACAAACAUAGAUAUUAAAGGGCCAUCUGCUGAUGUGGACAUUAAGGUCAAGGAGAUUGAUGAUGAUGGGACGGGGAGUAAGUUCAAACUGUCAAAAUUUGGAAUUGGCAUGCCAAAAGUAAAGGAGAUAGAGAUGGAGGGUAAAGAAAUAAACAUAGAGACUGGCCUGCUAUGUAAAGAAAAUGUAAAUGUACAACAGCCUGGUGUUGAAAUUCAAAAUGUGACCAUUGAGGGGAAAACAGUUAAAGUUGAAGUUGACUCCAAAGGGCUGAAAGUGAAACUUCCCAAAUUGGGAUUUUCAAAACCAGACCUUAAGGCUCCUGAAGUUGAUGUGAGUCUACCCAAAGCUGACAUUGGCACAUCAGUGGGAAAUGUUGAUGUUUCAAAGCAAUCUGCAGACAUUAAAUUACCAGAACAAGAUCUUUAUUUGAAGGAGGACACUUUUGGCUCUCCAACAAGAUUUAAACUUCCAACAAUCAGUUUCCCAAAAUUUGGAACCAAAGCAUCAAAGGAUACAGUUGAUAUACCUACGGCACAUGUGGACAUCAAAGUUCCUGAAGUAAACCUUCCCGAUAAGAAGUUUAACAUGUCAGGAGAAGUGUCAAGUGUUGAAAUGAAAGGGCCAACAGUAGAAGAUCCAUCCAUUGAGAUAAACAUUAAGGGAGAUGAUAAAAAGCAACAAGAGGGCAAAUUUAAGCUUCCAAAAUUUGGGAUUGCUCUUCCAACAAUUAAAGGUCCAGACAGUGACCAAGGGCUUAAGAAAGCUCUGACUGAAACAGAAGUGAAAAUGUCAGGGGAUGCACUAUCUAUAGACAAGAAAGAGCUAAUGUUACCCAAAGGAUCAGUGGAAGUGGAUGUGGAGGCUAAAGGUGCUGAACUUGAAGUAGAAGAAAGUAAAAUCAAAAUUAAAUGUCCAGACAGUGACCAAGGGCUUAAGAAAGCUCUGACUGAAACAGAAGUGAAAAUGUCAGGGGAUGCACUAUCUAUAGACAAGAAAGAGCUAAUGUUACCCAAAGGAUCAGUGGAAGUGGAUGUGGAGGCUAAAGGUGCUGAACUUGAAGUAGAAGAAAGUAAAAUCAAACUACCACAGAUUGGAAUUUCUCUACAAGCAUCGAAAAGUCCAGAAUUUGACAUAAGUGUUUCAAAAGCAGAGGUUUCUAAAACUGACGUAAAAAAAGUUGGUACAGAAAAAGAUGUUGAGGUUGAGGAACCAGCAGGUUUAACUGAUUUGAGUUCUAAGGGACUAAAAAUGAAGAAACCAAGCUUUGGAUUUCCAAAUAUUGGAUUUUCAAAAUCAGAUGGCAAGUCCCAAGAUAUUCAAGCCACUGAAACGACAGCAGAUAUAUCCUUGCCAGGGGGCAAUACAGAAAUAGAAGAAAGUGAAAGAGAGGGCAAAACUGAAAUAACAGGUCCACAAUUUGGCUCGCCAACAAAAUUCAAACUCCCAACAAUAAAAUUACCCAAAUUUGGACUCUCCACUCCAAAGGUCCCUAGUGAUGCAGCAAAGGCUGAUUCUGAAACCAAAGAAAUUAAAGUUAGUUCUGUGGAUUAUGAGAUAGAGACAUCAAAGUUGGAUCCAUCAGGUGACAUCAAAGGCAAAACUGCAGAGACUGAAACCCCAUCUAUUGAUAUUAAUAUAAAAGAAAAAGAGCUUAAUCAAGAGGGACAGGAAAUUACAUUUAAACUUCCAAAAUUUGGAAUUUCGUUGCCCAAAGUAAAAGGUCCUGAGGUGACAGUAACUGCAAAAGAGGUAAAGACAGAAAUACCUGAAAUUGGGAUCACUGAACCAGAAAUCAAGAUGCAAGCAGAAGAUGCAAGUCUCCCAAAAGUAGACAUGGCUCUAGUGGAAAGUUCCAGCCUUGAAAAAAAAGAGGUAGAGACUGAGUUGAAAGAUGAUACAGUUGUUUCAGGUUCUCCAAGUAAAUUCAAAUUGCCUACUUUUAAAAUGCCGAAAUUUGGAAUUUCAACUCAAAAAACAUCUGAUGCAAAAGUAAAAGUAGCAGAAGUAGAUGUACCAGAUGCUAACACUGACCUAAAUAUUGAAGACAAGCCUGUACACGUGUCUAAAGAAAUACAAAGAGAGGGUGAAAUUAAAGAAACCACUGAACAGCUUCCAGACACUGCUGCUAAAAAACUGGAUGGGGACAAAGGCUCCCCAAGUAAAUUCAAGUUUCCUACAAUAAAAAUGCCAAAGAUCAGCAUUUCAAGAACAAAAUCUCAGGAAGGAGAAGAUGACACAACUACCAAAGCGAAUGCUCCAGAUGCUAAAAUAGAAACCAAAGAUGAUAAACAAGGGCCUGGAAAAUCACCCAAAUUUACAAUGCCUACACUUGAGGAUGUUCUCAGGGGCUUUGAGGUUGAAUUUAAUGUUCCAACAAUAGAGGAAAUGGAAGCACAAAAGGACAACCCAUCUGUUAAGCAAGAUCAGGAGGCUGAAGCAAAAGUUGAGGAAACAGCAGAAUAUAAGGACAAAGGAGCUCAGGAGAAAUCAAAGUUUAAAUUUAAAUUUCCAAAAUUAGGAUUCAGCCAGUCUUCAGAUGAAAGCGAUAAGUUGGUUGAUGCUAAGAUUGAAGAAAGUGAAAAGCAUUUGGAGGCUUCAGCAGAUCAGAAAGCAACUGUUAGCAAAGAACAAGCAAAAACAGAGAAAGGGGGCUGGUUCAAGUUCUCAUUUUCUUCUCCAACCAAAACAUCAAAAACAGAUGGGAAAGAAAUUAUCCAACCGCCUGAAGAGGCUGAGAAGCUUGAUGAUGUUGAGAAAGAAUCAAGCAAGGCACACGAGGAACCUGAGAAGAUUUCACUCAGUGAGGCUGUGGAGGAAAACAUCAGCCCGACACUGUCACUGAAGUCAUCUGAAGCUUUUGCAGAUAUAAGUUCUACAGUAACCACUGAGCAGACUGGCCUGUCACAGACCUCACCUACAAAGGUUAAAGUGAAAUAUGCUGAACCCACUGCCACCGUUGGGGUCAGUGAUGUACAGAAUGAUGUUGUGACUUCCACAGCCAGAUGUGAACUGAUAUCAAUGGAGCCUCACCAGCCAGAGAAAGUCAACAUCCCUUUCUUAUUGGAUAUGUCCUCAGCCUCAGUGGACACUCUGAAACAGAUGUCAGGGGAAAUUCAUGUCAUCACACCGAACAUACAAGCUAUACCAGAAACACAGCAAGCCUCAAUCCUUACUAAUUUAGAUGUGCAUGGAAUUCACACCUCGCCUUUACAAGUAACACUAGGCUCAGAUUCAGUGUUGACAGUGGAGGAAACCAGAGUACAAAGUGGGGCGCACACAUUGGUGGAAAGGCAUGUUGUGAAAGAAACUUUACAUGAUGACAAAGAGACAAUACUUGUGACACAGAGAACACGUGUAUUUGAAGGAGACUCUGCAGAACCCAUUUCUGAUGAGACGGCUUCUUCUAUUCGCAGGCUGAGAGACACGGUACACACUGAAAAAAUGAGUUUUUUUGACAGUGCAGCAACAAUUGAAGAGGUGACAAUAGUGAGCUCUGAAACAUCUCUAAGACAUAUGGAUUCCUCUACCGAUGAGAAUGGGGGGAAAUGAACAUGAGAUAUGGCUGAGUUGAUUUAAUGCUUUUGAACGUAUGUUUCAGUGUUCUAUUAUACUGUCAUAUAAGCCAGCUGAAUUGUAACACUAUUAUGCAAAAAAGCGCUGAUACUUAUGAACACAUCACAGAGUAUUGUUUAGCUAACAGAGAUUUUAUGCUUAAAAGACUUUAAAAAACUAUAUCCACUGGACAAAUGAUGUAUGUACAUGGAAUAAUAGAAAAAAAAAUAUUAUAAUUUAUGUGUGGGUUGUCAGUGUGCUUUAUUGUAAAUCUGUCAUCUUGGGAAUAUUGUUUAUAGUGCAGACUUGGCGAUCAAGCAAUCACCAUUUAAACAGAUAUAUUCACAUAAAAUGAAUUACAAAGUUGAUGUGGCAGUAUCACAUAUUGAGGCAUUUGUUUCUUUAAGGUUAUUUUGUGAAAACGAUGUAAUUGCAAUUAUAAUUCUUUAUUUCUGCAGCCUUGAGAAA